AUGGAGCUGGACGGGUCGAUCAGUUUCGCCCUACAGCCGAUUCUCGUCGUUUUUGGAUUACUGCUAAACUGUCUUCAGCUGUAUCUAGCAGCGUGCAAGACACCAGAGCCAUUGAAACUAUAUUCUAUUCUUAUCAUCGUUUUCGCAGUCGCAGAUAUCGGUACGAGUAUCGGCGAGCUUGUUAGUCGCAUCAGGUGAGUAUCUCAGAGAAAAAGAAUUGAAAAACUAAGAAAUCCGCAAUAAUUUCCUGUUUUCGCUAGUUGCAACAAUUAUGGGAAUAGUUUUGGUCUGCUCGAGACAGAAACAUUCUAGAACAUGAAUUUUAGUCUUCUUGAAUUUUGUUGAAAUCGAAUUUCGGUCCGCUUAGCUACUUUUGGACGUUGAUAUAAACCGUGAUUUUACAGAAUUAUUGCGUUUCCUCAAGCGAUCGUCUUUGUGAGCAAUGGUUUGUGUACCUACGGAGGCCCCAUUUCUUGCUAUUUAUGGUGAAGAAAUUUAGAAAAAAAAUUAUUCUACAGUUAGUUCAGGCAAAGCAUCACGGCCCAUUUCAUGAUUUACUCAGUUUACUUGAUGUUCCUGUCUUUCGGUUACCGCUACUACGUUAUUUAUCAUGGAUCACCUUCAGUGAUGUCAGUUUUUAUAAGUGUUGGGAUUUCCUACGUUCCCUCGUUCAUUCAAGUGGUACGAAUUGAAAUUUUAACUCGAGUGAUGAAAAACUCCUCAGAUUGCUCAUUCUUUUGCAAUGGACGACCCAGAACUUGUUCGAGAAACUGUUCAGCGGAGAUUUCCACAAUAUAACUUGACAGGUACAAUCGUCUGUGGAAACCUCGACUAUUUUCACCCUGCUGUGCUCUAUAUCAGCAUUAAUAUGACUUGUGGCACACCAUUUCUCUAUGCUGGUAUACUCUAUUUUCGUAAGAAGGUGCUUUUUAAAUUGGAAAGCAUGUCAGAAAUUAUGUCCAAGCAAACGAAAAGUAUGCAUGAGCAACUGCUAAAGGUAAACUACUGACUCAAAAUGCCUAUAAUAAAAACUAAGACCUUCAGGCUCUGACGUUCCAAGCGAUGCUCCCAGCUUUAUUCGCCAUCGGUUCUGGCUCAUUUGCCAUCACCGCUCUCGACCUAUAUCACCACCCAUUUUUGGAGCACCUGGUUAUGACAUCUUGCUGUGCCUCACCGGCCUUAUCACCUCUAGGCUCUAUUUUCUUCAUUAAACCCUACCGAGAUUUUUUGAAGAACCGUUUUUCACUCAGCCGCGGGGUCGACAUAAGUACUAAUUGGGGAAAGAUCGAGAUUCAAUAAGGAAACAAAUAAAUAUUCAGUUAUUUAUUUAAAAUCUUAAUAUCAAUGUACUUUUUUUCAUGUCAUAUUGUUCACAUUGGCAUAUUUUAUAAUAUUAUCAUUUCUUGUUCCCAAUGCGUUCACGUUGACUCGGCGUGAUUGACUGUCAAGUGUGACGGUCGCGAAGCGGUUUUUUCUUUUCCAUUAAAAGGCUUUAAAAAUCAUUUCGACCAAAUUUUCUAUGUUUUGUUCCAUAUUAAAUCGCGUGGUUCUUCAACUUACCGCCGUGUUCAUCUUUUUCUUCUCGCUUUUAUUUUCGCUAGCGAAGAAAAAUUUCUUGCAAUGAAAUAAAAAUUUUUAAGUAGAUAGGUUGCUCCAAGAAACAUGACAACUCAUAUUCUCGGUAAUAAUUUUGCACCACGCGGAAAAAGAUUUUUGUUUUUUAAUUGUUUCCCCAUAUUUCGGUUUCAAAAAGUAAGUUACGGCCAGGUGACCAACUUAAUUUGCGGGUAUGCACGUUUUAGAUGAUUGAGGUUUUGUUCGAUUAGGGGAAAAAAACAAAAUAACUUGGUGUUUUCUGUCAUUCUCGAGCCGUAAAUGGAGGUUGACGGCUCGUAUCUUUUUGUGUUACAGCUGAUUCUUGUCAUUUUUGGGGUAUUUCUCAACUUUUUUCUACUGUACCUCGCCAUUUUCAAAACACCCGAACCUCUGAAGAUAUACUCGAUCCUAAUUAUCGCUUUCGCUCUAACAGAUUUGGGUACGAGUGUCGGGGAACUUGUCGGUCGUCCGAGGUAGGUUUCGACAAUGUUCUUGAGAUUUUCAGCCAUGAUAAAAGAAGCUAGGCUCAAUUGUGUCCGACUCGCGUUUUCAUUAUUGCACCUUCUUGAAAAACUAAUUUUGGUCUGCCUAACGUUUGAGAACCGGAUUCUGCUUAGCUAAAUCGAAAAAUCAUUAUUAUUUAUCAAAAAGUCACGAUUGCGACCAAAAAAAAAAAAAACGAAUCGAGUUUGAAAAGAAAAUCGAAACUAAGAAUAGGGUUCAAAAUAAGAUUAUCCUUUUAUAUUCGGAAAAAAAGCGAUUCAACAAAACUUCACAAAGGUCUGUUUUUUUGAGAACUUAAAGAUUUCUGGAUAAAUUACUGGCUUUCAAAUCUUUGCUAUAUAAUCGAAAUUCAAUAGAGUAAGGAAAUUUUUUUAACGUUUAUAGGGUUAAGAAAUUAUAUUUUUUUCUUUUUUUAGAAUCGUUGCGUGGCCCAAUGCGCUAGCUAUUGUGAGCAUCGGUGUAUGUUCUUAUACUGGUUCAACUUCUUGCUACGUUUGGUGAGAGGAGACAAAUCAAAAAAAGUAAUAUGACAAAAGUUCUUAUUUGGGGGGUAUUGAGAGAUAAUAAGGACAGAGUUGCCAAAAAAAUCCUUACAAAUUCUGUGAAAAAAAGAAAGAAACAGAAGAUGCGUUGGUUGAUGCUAAAAAGUCGAAUCCUUUCAUUAAAAUAUUAUCCGUUCCAAAAAAUGAAUUACAAAAAAAUAGAAGAAGCUAGUGGUAAUUAAAAUUAUUUAGACAGCGUUUCGAAAAAUCUCGUAACCGGUAAUUACUUUUUAGGCAAAGCGUCACAGCUCACUUCAUGAUCUUCACUGUCUACCUGAUGUUCGUAUCUUUCGGGUACCGCUACUACGUCAUUUAUCAUGGUCCGACGACAGUCAAGGCAGUUCUGAUAAGUCUUGGCAUCUCUUACAUCCCUUCGUUCAUCCAAGUGGUAAAACUCAGGUUUUUUUUUUCUAGAAAAAUCGGCAAAGAGGCUUUAGGUCGUCUACUCCCUCGGGCAAGACGAGCCAGAACUGGUCCGUCAAGCAGUUCAGCGUAGAUUUCCAGAGUACAACUUGACCGGCACCGUUAUCACCGGCAAUCUCAACUACACGAACCCCGCUCUGAUCUAUCUCAGCCUCCACAUGACUUGUCCAACACCAUUUCUCUACUUCGGCAUACUAUACUUCCGGCAAAGGGUUCUUUGGAAGCUGGAUAGUCUAUCGGAAAGCUUGUCGAUCCACACGAAAAGCAUGCACGAGCAACUUCUCAAGGUGAGGAUUCGUCCCCAAACUCUAAUCGUAAAAGACUGAAGCAACGAAAAAGUUGAAAAAAGAACGAGUUAGAUGUGAAAAAGCGGAAAAAAAUAAACGUGUACCCUUCAAAAGUUCAUCAGAAAAGUUUCAUUUGAAAAUAACUCCUUUUUUCCAGGCCUUGACUUUCCAAGCGCUGCUCCCGGCAACGUUCGCCAUCGGCUCGGGCUCAUUCGCCAUGGCCGCCCUUGACCUCUACCACCAUCAAUUCCUGGAGCACCUAGUUCUGACCUCCUGCUGUCUAUCUCCGGCCCUAUCCCCUCUCGGCUCAAUCUUCUUUAUCAAACCUUAUCGAGAUUUUGUCAAACACCGAUUCUCACGUCGUCGCCGCGCAAGCCACGUUGACACAACAACUAAUAUGAGAACUAUUGAGAUUUUUUGA